AUGAAGACCAAGGAGCUCUCUGAAAAGCCUUUUGUCAUCCACGACAUGGAGACAGUCCUGCUGGCUGAGCAGAUGGUGAUGGCCAAGCUGGUAGGUGGAGGAGGAGGAGGAGGUGGUGUCGGCCCAGAUGGAGCAGGGUCUGGGCCCGAGGAACUCCAGGAGAGGGAGGCAGAGGCCAGGCUGUUCCACUGCUCCCAAUGUUUCUCUGUGGAGACUGUGACAGAGCUCACAGAAUUCGCCAAGUCCGUACCAGGCUUCCAGUGCCUGGACCUGAAUGACCAAAUGGGUGACCAGUGACUGUUGAAGUACGGGCUGUAUGAGGCCCUCUUCACCUUCCUGGCCUCCUGUAUGAACAAAGAUGGCCUCCUGGUGGUGAGCGGAGGAGGGUUCAUUACCCGGGAGUUCCUCAAGAGUCUACAGUGGCCCUUCAGUGACAUGAUGGAGCCCAAGUUCCAGUUCGCCAUGAGGUUUAACUCCUUAGAGUUGGAUGACAGUGACCUGGUGCUGUUCUAGGCCACUAUCCUCUGCUGUGGAGGUAAAAUACAAAACACAGACCCUUUUGACUAUGGUGCAGCUAUGACGGAUGCAUAGCCAGCCCAGUGCAGGACACUGUAAAAAAUUGUGUUUGGAUCAAACAAAAAAAAUGCUUCAACUGGUUACAAUUAAAUGAGUUUGGUUAUUGAAAAUAUAUUUCACAGUGGAUUAGAUGGUACAAUGAUUCUCUGCACUAUACAUUGCUUGUUUAGAAUUUCAGCAACCAGGAAAUGGCGGAGCCAUUUCUGCAUAUUUCACCUUUAAACCUAAUAAAUAACAAAU